CGGACCCCGCGCUAUUUCCUCUUCUGGGAGUCUAUUUGGGCUAAUUGGUUGGGAUGUUAGCCAUGAAUAUAAUUAUGACAUCACUAGCCAUCAUCUUUGCUAAUCCCCUCUUAUACAUGUAGCUCUCGUUUGCCUUAGGUACGUUAUUAUAUUUUCUACCGCUUUUCUAUUCAUACUUCACUCCUAAAUCUACAAUAUUCUAUUUUAUAUUUUCGACACUACUUUAGCUAUCCCAAAGCAAGGGUCUUUCAAUCCCAAUACAAAUAAAGCUACCCGCACAAGCAUCAAAUCAACCAUUGUCAUUGUCAUUGCCAUCAUGUCGUUCCUCGAAGUCACCGCUCGCCGUCUGGCCACCACUUCUAGAAUUGCCGUGGUCCCUGCUCCACGACACUUUAGCACAAGCAUCGCGGCACAAAAGACAGUCACAGAAACUGCCAAGGACACAUUAAAAACAGUAGAUCGUAAGGUUUCUGACAAACUAGUUGAUGGCAUCAAUGCGGGAGCCAACCUUGCAUCGAAAGUAAAAGGCGAAGUAGAUACAGGCAAGGUGAAAGGUACGGCGGAGGAGAUCCGUGGCCAAGUGAAGGGCGAAACCGAAGAGUUGAAAGGCAAAGCAAAGGGUGCAGCUCAAGAGGCUGAGGGUAAGGUGAAGGGAAGCUUGUAAGAAUUUAGAUGGAUUGGAGGAAACCCUUAAUGUUGCACUUAUACACUGUCUAGUGUACGUGUUUGUGUCUGUAUGAUAAUGAGACUAUCUGAAUUCGUCUUGCAUAGUACAAAAUGCUGCCCCCUAAGCUAUCAUCAAGCGUAGCUUAAUUCAAUUUAACAGUACUUUUCAUUCGGCGAGCCCGAGUGCAUUGCCA